UUGAUUAUCAAACUCCUCAUCAUGCAUCAACUGUUCAGACUGGUCUUAGGACAAAAAGAUCUUUCACGAGCUGGGGACCUCUUCUCCUUAGAUGACUCCGAGAUUGAAGACAGCCUGACAGAAGCUUUGGAGCAAAUUAAAAUAAUUAGCUCAUCUUCGGAUUACCAGACCAAUAACAAUGACCAAGCUGUGGUUGAAAUCUGUAUCACGCGAAUCACGACAGCCAUCAGAGAGACGGAGUCAAUUGAAAAACAUGCCAAGGCCCUUGUGGGGCUCUGGGAUUCCUGCCUGGAGCACAACCUGAGACCCUCUGGGAAAGAUGAAGACACUCCCCAUGCAAAAAUUGCUUCUGAUAUCAUGAGUUGCAUUUUACAGAAUUACAACCGACCCCCUGUGAUGGCAUUAGCCAUCCCCAUAGCAGUGAAAUUCCUCCACAGAAGCAACAAGGAACUGUGCAGGAAUAUGUCCAACUACCUGUCCCUGGCUGCGAUCACCAAGGCAGAUCUCCUGGCUGAUCACACAGACGUUAUAGUAAAGAGCAUACUCCAAGGCAACGCCAUGUUGUUGAGGGUGUUGCCCGCUGUGUAUGAAAAGCAGCCUCAGCCAAUCAACAGACACCUGACAGAACUCCUGGCCUUGAUGUCUCAGCUAGAACAACCAGAACAGUACCAUCUUCUCCGGCUUUUGCAUGUAGCCGUGAAGAGAAAGCAACCAGAGGUGGCUCAGAAGUGUAUUCCUUUCCUAAUCGGGCAUUUGAAAGACUCAACCCAUAAUGAUGUCAUCCUAAACAUCCUCACAGAGAUAGCAGGCUAUGAACCUGUGGCUUUGAACAGUUUUCUUCCAAUGCUGAAAGAGAUUGGUGAGAGAUUCCCCUACCUCAUCGGACAAAUGGCAAGAAUCUAUGGAGCUGUGGGGCAUGUGGAUGAAGAGAGAGCCAGGAGCUGCCUGCCAUUCCUGGUGAGUCAGUUGGCCAACAUGGAACAUUCAUUUCAUCAUAUUCUCCUGCUGGAGAUUAAGAGCAUCACUGACGCUUUCUCCUCCAUCCUGGGCCCUCAGAGCAGAGAUAUUUUCCGCAUGAGCAACAGCUUCACCACCAUUGCCAAGCUCCUUACCCAACAACUGGAAACUGCCAAGGCCAGAAGCAGCAGGAAAAAACCAAGCACUGAGUUUGAAAUCCCUGAGAAGCUGGAAGAAAUUAAGCUCACAUUGACUGAAAAUGAAGACCGUGAAAAGCUACAAGUUAAAAUACAGGCUUUUGAAGACAAAAUAAAUGCUGAGAGCAAUACUCCUAGCUCUAUCAGAAGAUAUAGUUUGGGCCAGUUUUCUAAGGAAGAAAGAAAAGACAUUAGAUUUAGCAGGUCAAAGAGUUUGGCUUUGCACACUGUGCUAACAAAGAGCAUGAGUUCAGAUGAUGGGGAAGUUGUAGAGAGUGAAGAUAUGCCAGCCAGCACCUUUCUUUCAGAAACAGACCCACUUAGCCAAGGAAAUGACAAGUUGUCCUUUAAGGCAAACUCUGACAGAUCACAGCUGGGAAGUUCUUCAAUUUCACACCCAAGUAUUAUACAUACAGAAUCAGAGUAUUUGCCAGAAACAGUUAAAGCAAACUGCCAGGAAGAAACUCCAGAAACUACUGCAAGUCCUGUAGAAUACCAAGAUAAGCUCUACUUGCACUUAAAAGAAAACUUCAGUAAAGUAAAAGCAUAUGCUGUGGAAAUCGGAAAGAAGAUUCCGGUCCCUGAUCAGUGUACCAUUGAAGAUUCUGUUAGAAGUUGCGUAGCAAAGUUGUUCUUCACCUGCUCCCUGAAGGGUCAUUACUGCCUCUACAGUAAAUCCAGUUUUAUUCUCAUCAGCCAAGAACCUCAGCCGUGGAUCCAGAUCAUGUUCCUCUUUCAGCAGAGCCUGUUUCCUGAGCCCCUAUCCAUACAAAGUCAUUCUGUGCAAUUUCUCAGAGCUCUGUGGGAUAAGACCCAGGCAGAGGGUGGUCACAGCUUUGAAACAGCCAUGAUGGAGUCCACAUUUCCACAGCAGAAGGAUCUGGACCAGGUACAGCUCCAUCUGGAAGAAGUGAGAUUCUUUGAUGUAUUUGGCUUCAGCGAAGCAGCAGGAGCGUGGCAAUGCUUCAUGUGCAACAAUCCUGAGAAAGCAACCGUUGUAAAUCAAGAUGGCCAGCCUCUCAUAGAAGGAAAACUUAAAGAGAAGCAAGUCAGAUGGAAGUUCAUCAAAAGGUGGAAAACUCGUUAUUUUACACUGGCUGGAAAUCAACUUCUGUUUCAAAAAGGAAAGUCUAAAGAUGAUCCUGAUGACUCUCCAAUAGAACUCAGCAAAGUACAGAGUGUGAAAGUUGUGGCCAGAAAACGCAGGGACCGCUCCCUCCCUCGAGCUUUUGAAAUCUUCACAGACAAUAAAACCUAUGUUUUCAAGGCCAAGGAUGAGAAGAAUGCAGAAGAGUGGCUCCAGUGCAUCAAUGUGGCAGUUGCUCAAGCAAAAGAGAGGGAAAGUAGAGAAGUAACCACAUAUCUGUAG